CUGAAUCCAGAGAAGAUGAAUAAAAUCGCAGUCGUGCUUGCUCUUACCCUGGCCUCGCUGGUUACCGUAUCGGCUCAGUGUCCGCGUAUUAUUAACCGAGCUGGAUGGGGUGCCCGUGCGGCCAAUAGUGCUGUCCUACCCAAUCGACCAGCUCCGUGGGUUGUGAUACACCAUACCGCCGGUGCUCACUGUACCACGGAUGCCGCCUGUGCCCAGCAGAUGCGUAACAUGCAGAACUUGCACAUGAACACCAACGGAUGGUCGGACAUCGGAUACAACUGGUGCAUCGGAGAGAACGGUGCUGCCUACGAGGGUCGUGGCUGGGGUCGUCAAGGUGCCCACGCUCCAGGAUAUAAUGAUCGCUCGGUCGGUAUGUGCGUUAUUGGAACCUACACCAAUGGCAUCCCGAAUGCAGCCGCUCGCAAUGCCGCCCAGUCACUGAUCUCGUGUGGUGUAUCGCUGGGACACAUUAGCAACUCCUACUGGCUGAUUGGACACCGGCAGGCGUCCGCUACGGCCUGUCCCGGAAAUGCGUUCUUCAAUGAGAUCCGCAGCUGGCCGCGGUUUAAUCCGAAUGUUUAGGAAUAUUGGUAGAAGUUAAGGAAU